AAAAAUUAUUAUGGCAGAACUGCAAGACGACUUUCUGACAUGCUACGACGUGUUAGAAAGCGUUGGGAACUUCAUGGCAUCCGUCCCAGUUGGAUAGGAGAAGAAAUCUUUCGGGAACUUCUUAAAUAUUGGGAGAGUGAUGAGUUUGCGGCCAAAUCUGAAAAUGCAAAGAAGAUGAGAGCAUCUGAAAAGGGUGGUUGCCUUAAUGCUGUUGGAAGUAUAAGCACUGCUGAGCAUGUUCGACGCAUGACUAAGGAAUUAAAUAGACCACCACUUAUGACCGAGCUGGUUGCGAGGACUCGGAAAAAGAAAACAGAAGCUUUUGUUGACAAUCGUACACAAAAAGCUAUGGGUAUUACAACUAGCUUAUUAGGUCGAGUGAUGACGACUUCUACUGAUGCGGCUAUUCCUGCUCUGGUGGUCCCAACAACGAUUGUAGUUACUGCCCCGGUAGUAGUUGCGACUAUUAUAUGGGGUAUAACUCCUGAGGUGGAAUUGUUGACCGCUACAACGGCCGACCUCUCUUUCUGUGAGCCUUCACCAUCUCCUUAA